AUGCGUGUUCACUUUAUUAUUCAUGAAUCAUUUGAAGCGCCAGGUGCUUACGAAACUUGGGCUUUGAAACGAGGAUACCAUGUCACAUUCACUCGGCUCUAUCUUGGCGACACUCUGCCUGUCCAAGUUGACUCACUCGACACACUCAUCGUCUUAGGGGGGCCCCAGACACCAUCAACCACAAAAGCCGAGUGUCCGCAUUUUGAUGCCUUAGCCGAAAAGGAAUUUAUCUUGCAAUGCGUCAACGUGGGGAGGGCUGUUGUGGGCAUUUGUUUAGGCUCGCAGCUCGUGGGCGAGGCUCUUGGAGCAGCCUGGGAGAAGAGCCCGGAGACAGAAAUCGGCAAUUUCCCCAUCGUUCUCACAACGGCCGGGAGAAGCAAUGAUAAGUUCAAACACUUUGGCACCUCAGUAGAAGUAGGUCACUGGCACAACGGCAUGCCGGGACUGACUACUGACGCCAAAAUCAUUGCUUCCAGCCAAGGCUGUCCCCGCCAAAUUGUCGAAUACACUAAUCUAGUGUAUGGAUUUCAGUGCCACAUGGAGUUCACUCCGGAAGUGAUCGAGGGUCUGAUAGAAGCAAGCAAGAAGGAAUUGCCGUCUCUCGUCCAGCGGAAAUAUGUUCAAAAGCCUGACUCCUUGCGCGAAAACAAAUAUGCGAAUAUGAAUGAGAAACUUGGGAACUUCCUAGACUGCCUGGUAGAGGCGUAUAAUAUGGCUCGGUAUUAA